GAAGUUAUCUGGACUCAAGAGGGUCACAGCACCCUCCCGAAAACUGCAGCUUCCUUCUCACCUUGAAGAAUAAUCCUAGAAAACUCACAAAAUGUGUGAUGCUUUUGUAGGUACCUGGAAACUUGUCUCCAGUGAAAACUUUGAUGAUUAUAUGAAAGAAGUAGGAGUUGGCUUUGCCACCAGGAAAGUGGCUGGCAUGGCCAAACCUAACAUGAUCAUCAGUGUGAAUGGGGAUGUGAUUACCAUUAAGUCUGAAAGCACCUUUAAAAAUACUGAGAUUUCCUUCAAACUGGGCCAGGAAUUUGACGAAGUCACCGCAGAUGACAGGAAAGUCAAGAGCACCAUAACCUUAGAUGGAGGUGUCCUGGUACAUGUGCAGAAAUGGGAUGGAAAAUCAACCACCAUAAAGAGAAAACGAGAGGAUGAUAAACUGGUGGUGGAAUGCAUCAUGAAAGGCGUCACUUCCACCAGAGUUUACGAGAGAGCAUAAGCCAAGGGGCGUUGACCUGGACUGAAGUUUGCAUUGAACUCUACAACAUUCUGUUGGAUAUAUUGUUCAAAAAGAUAUUGUUGUUUUCCAUGAUUUAGCAAGCAACUACUUUUCUCCCAAGCUGAUUUUACUCAAUAUGGUUAUGUUGGUUAAAUAAAUUUUUUUUUUAGAUUUAGAAGGUGAUGUAAUGAUGUAUUCAUUGUGCUGGAUAAUUUCUUAGUCAUAAUUGAGUGAAGGAAAUAGAAAAUUUGCAUUAUUGCUUUGUUCUGAUAUAGAUGAUAAGAUCUUUCAUAAUAAUUCAAGAUAAAAAUGGAUAGCUAGAAUUUUCCUAGGUAGGAAGUAACAAGUACAUACUUGUUAUCUGAAUGCCAUUACUGAAUAUUAAAUCCUUUAUUGUAGCUACAGUUAAGUAAGUAUAUCUCAGAGACCUAAGGUAGUUUUAAAUGUAGUGAAGUUGUUCAUAGCCAGUUGGCCCAAGUGCUCAUGUUUUAUACCUGCUCUGUCUUAGAGCAUUGCAAGAGAGGAGUAUACACAGUAGUUCCCCCUUAUCCACAGGAGAUACGUUUCAAGAUCCGCAGUGGAUUUCUGAAAGCACAGAUAGUACCGGGUCCUAUAUAUACUAUGUUUUUUUCUACACAUAAAUACCUACAAUAAAGUUUAAUUUUUAAAUUAGGCACUAUACUAAUAAAACAGAACAGUUAUAACAACAUACUAUAAAUAAUAAAAAUUAUGUGAUUUCUCUUGCUCUCUCUCUCAAAAUAUUUUGACUAUCUCUCCAGAAUUCAGUGCAAAUAAUUCCAUUGUAUUCAUUUCAGAAAAGUGACGAUAGUCUUGUAUAUGAGUAGAUUCAAAUUUUAUUGUAGUGGUUUCCAAACUUUUAUUUUUCUCACCAAUGGAACUUUUUAUUCAAAUAAAACCUCCAAGGAAUCUCAGUUU